AUGUUAUGUGUUUGGUGUGGAGAUUGGAGCAUCAGUCUGCCAGAGAAGAUUGAAGCUCUGAAUGGAUCCUACUCUCCCCCCACACCCACAGUGCAGAUGUUUAAGGAUCAGAUGGAGGUUGAGGUUCAUGAGGAGGUGUUAGAGGGGAGCUCUAUGUGUCUGCGCUGCUCUGCUAAGACUCUCUGCUCCUCUUCUCCACCAACUCUCACAUGGAGCUCCACUGACAGACUCCACCUCAAUGAGAACAGCAGACUACAGCUGGAUCAACAGAAUCAAACUGAGAUCAUCUCUGAUCUGAACUUCACUGCUACUCACCUUCAACAUGAAGUCACUUUCAUCUGCACUAUAACCUACAAGCUACAGCAGAGGAACACAACAGCACAGAACAACAUCACAUUACGUGUUCAGUAUGCACCCAAAAUCUCUCUCUUCAGUUGUAACAGAACUGAUGUAACUGUGUGUUUGUGUGAGGCUCAUGGGAAUCCCUCUCCUAAAGUGAAGUGGUUUCUAUCUGGACGUCCUGUCAGUAACUUUACAAACACAUUCAUCAGUGAGGAGCGAUUGAACAGCACAGACUUGAGGAGCUUCAUUUCUCUUCAUCAGUCACUUACACACACAGACACUCUGCAGUGUGUCACCAUCAACACUCACGGCAAUGCCAGUCAACAGAUUCAACUGGAUUCAUCUUCUAACAAGAUGUCUUCACAUUUCAUCAUUUUCUAUGUGCUGAUUGGAGCUGCUGGGGCUUUAGUGAUGAUGAUCUUGUGUGUUAUUACACAUAAACGAAAACAUUCCCAGAAGAGACAAGAAGCCACUACAAGUCACAUUUUGACAAAUAAAGAGCAUGAGGGAGAAUCUGUUUAUGCCAAUAGAGCCGUGCUGUCACCCGCUGAAGCUGAUAAUUACCCAGAAUCCCUUCAUUAUUCCUCCAUUCACUUCACAAACACCCACACAGAGUCAGAAGAGAUCAGGGAUGUUUCCUCACUUACUGCUGAAUACGCUGUCGUCCGUCACUAUCCUGCAGGAGCAUCAGAGAGCUCUACAGAUGAACAGGUGAUUGUUAAUGCAGAAGAGCUUAAAGAAGAAGUAAAGCCUAAGAAAUCUGAUCAAGAGAUGCCGGCAGACUCAUUUUCUCAAUUAUAUGCACAAGUUAAACGUCGAAACCCAUAAAGGACUUGAGAUUAAUGCUUGUUUCACAUCGCCCAUGAAAGCUACGCUUAAGCAGGCCGUGUAUGCUUUGACAGUCAUAUAGAAUUUAAGUUGUUUAUGUUUGAGCAGCAUUUUGACUGCCAUAGUUAAAAACACACAUACAAAUAAUACUGAUUUGGGAAGAAGGUUCUUAUCUGAUGUCUUUUAUUUACUGUCAAUAAAGCUUGUUAACUUGCUUUGAAAUUA